AUUCUGUAACUCGAAUCGAAAGUUGAUUCUAUUCGAAUUUGUUAUUCGAUUCGAAUUUGGUUUAGCAUUCUGUAAAAGUUUCGGAUCGAGUUUCUAGUUUUGCGAAAGUUGUGCCACCCUGUGCCAGAAUUUUCGAAUGUCAAACGUCAAAAUACGUAGAAGGAAAACAAGUAAACAACUACAUAAUUUAAAUUAAACAAUUGUUAUUCAUUUUAUCAACAAACAAAAAAUGGAUUCUGUUGCAUUGUGGAUGGACGAAGAAAUUAAUGAAGAGAGAAAUGCAAGAAGGGCUAUAAGAGAUCAUUUUAAUAUUGAUGAAUUAUCGGAAAGAAGCUUCAUAAAAAAUUUUCGGCUUUCCAAGGAUGCCUUCAAUUAUGUGUUGAGAAGCAUAGAACACGAAUUACAUGCACCUAUAAGAUCUACGGCAGUAACUCCGACAGUAAAACUUGCUGCUCCUCUAAAAUUUCUAGGACAAGGGGGCUAUCAGCACCAAAUAGGGCAAGACCGUUUUGCAGGAUUAGCGCAAUCCACGACUUCUAAAUGUAUCACGGAAGUAGUCAAUGCGAUUGAAAAAACUUUAUGUCCGAGGCACAUAAAAUUUGAAAUGACCGUGCAAGAAAAGUGUGAAUCCAAAAACCAUUUCUACUCAAAAUUUGGAUUACCAGGAAUAAUAGGUGCUGUUGAUGGAACCCAUAUCCAGAUGGUUAGGCCGGUAAGGGAUGAACAUCUGUUCUUUAAUCGGAAGCUAAAGCAUAGCAUCAAUGCAAUGGUGAUUUGUGAUCACAAGAUGUACAUAAGAGNCGGAAGCUAA